AUGUGCUACUUCACAUGUCCGAGACUUACUGGUGAUCCACGCAUCCUCGGGAAACGGCCAUACCUACCCCCUCGAAUCCAUUGGUUCCUUCUCUUACUCGGUUAUCUAGCAAUCCACAACCUAACUCUAUUAAGUACUAAUCUGCGGUUACUAAAAGCAACUAAGGUCGGAAAACUUACCGACUUCCAAAUUGGGUCUUUUCGCGGGUUCUCCUCUGGUUUACUAGUGGCCGAAGCUAAGGUGCUUGGGGAGACUUGUUACGGCCGUCACCACCAAGCCACGCUCGAUAGGCGACCCACGGACUGGACACGCUGUGGGAGCGACACCCAGCCCCGUCCAUGGGCUACUCAAGGGGCGACAACCGGCCCUGAGUCAUCACCCACCUGUCGUCCAACCGGAUCCUGCUCGGUGGCCGCUCCGCAGCCACAGAAUUUUGGCAGAUCGACAUGGUCGAUGACAUGGUCCAUGGUCCAGCACACGCCCAUCUCGGCCAAACUUAGGCCAGCGCGGGUCGCUCACACUGCCUACUGCGGGCACACUGCAGGCGUACCACGGGCAUACUACGGGCACACUGCGGGCACACUACGGGCGAACUGGGGCAUACUGGGGCAAACUGCGGGCGCAUCACGGGCAAAGUCAUACUCAAGUGUGCUCAAGACUAUGGUCCGAAUGGGGAAGAAGGAGGAGAAAAUGGGAACGAUGGGGGAUGAAAUGUUUAAAGGGAAUGAACCGAGUGAUGAUGAAGGAAAUGGGAGGUGGGAUCCGAUGCUACUUGAAAAGGAACUGAAUCAGAAGUCUUUGAUGAAUCGUUUAAGACUUGAUGAAGAAAGGUCCAAAGGAAAGAUGGUUGAUAAGGAGGGAGAAGAUGAGAGGCAGAAGGGAAAGAGAGCGGCAGAAUUGGAAAUGGGAUCAGAGAAGGCUUAG